GUCGCUGCUGCGGCGGCUGCUUGCUGAGCGUGAGCUGACUGCGACUGAGGCGCGGGAGGCAGAGAGCCGCGGCGAGCUGCAGGGCUUGGAGGCAUUGUCGGACGCUGCCGGCCUGAAGCCGGGCUUUGUCGCGCUGACUUUGCUCCCGGAGGAGAAGGAGCCUAAGCCUCCCUACGCUGUGGCAGCUUCUUUGUCCGAGAGUGCCUUGGAAUUAGCGUUGACCCAGACGGAGCUUGCCUCUUUGGCUGAGGAUUUGAACGGCCAGCCGUCCGUCCAAGAGAUCCUCAGCACGGCGACGGCAGCCAAGGACCAGCCGGACGUAGAGGCCGAGGACGACGAAGCAGAGGCUCACACCUAUCCAUUCCAUAGCUUGCGGUGCCUUCCAAAUGGCGGCAUGUUAUUCGAUGCCACCAGCUUUGGCGACGGUACCAGGUCAACCGUGGGGAUGGGUGCCACCGGCAGAAUGGAAUGCGCUUACUGCCAUUUCCCACACAGUAAGAUGUCGAAACCAGACGGUCGGCUACGCCAGCGAUUGAAUGACGCAAGCGACCAGGAGCUUCUUGCGACCUUCCUACCGUUCAUCUUCAAGAAGGCAGCUAUGGAAGGCCUCAUGCCGCGUGUCAACCAUUUGCUCGAGCUCCUCAAGGCAGAAAAGUACGAGACCCAAUCCGGGGUCGUUGCGCUGGGUAAGUUUCGGCCGAUGAGGAUGUCUUUCAUGCAUCUGGUUGAGAGCAGCAUGCGCCAGCUACCUCCUCAUAUCCGAGCCGAAAGCAAUCGUAUCAAGUCGGAGCUCCCUCCUCCUGCGGUCACGCACGGCGGAUCGGGACCAUCUCUGAUGCUGUAG